CACAGACUUGCGCUCGGACCACUAUGAAAAAAGAUAAGGCGACAUUUUUGAGCUGCUAUGUUUUUAUUUCUGAGUUUUUAAAACUUCAUGCUAGGUUCAGGUGUUUGUUUCUACGUAUAUUGCUGAGUACUUUGAAGUUCUGGUCAUGCUUAGAAGGGCCAAAGUAUAGCAAAAUAGAUUAGCCUAGCAUGUACUGUACUUGUUACUACACGGAUUCAGCAUGUAUGUAUAAGAAUAAGACGUUGUUAGAGGUUUUUGGAUGUGUUUUAAUAGCGGUCUUUGAGGUGGUUUUGGUGGAUCCCGUUACUUGCACUGCUGAGCUGUCUGUUUUUAUAUCUUCAGAACGCACAGAAAAGAGAAAGAUGAGUUCAUGUCUCACGAAUCCUGAAGCGGCAUGGAACACCACCAGGCUCCAGCAGCGUUUGCAGACGCCCACUGAGUGUUGAGUCCAUUCUAUUUCUCCUUCCCACUUUCCUUUCCUUGCGCCUGCCCAUGUGAUCACAGCACUGUUGUCUCACGGAACGGAAGGGUGCCUGGCCCCGGUUCUCAACUUUUAUUCGGAGAGUUCAAACGUGGACAAUUGUUUUAAAGCAUGUUUGCUCUGAAGGAGUAGGAUUUCAAGAGCCGGUGUUUAUUUUCUUUAUUAUGCCAGGGAUAGACUGGGACCAAAAAAUGGUUUGUAGCGUAUAUGCUGCAAUAACAUCAAUGCAAGAGAUUAGAGAAUUUUUUUAAUUGAGGAACUUUGUAUUUCUAUCCUGAUUACUUCAUCAAUUGUCUUGGAAGGCAAGUUCUAACAAUAAUAAAAGAAUAGAGAACAGGCUGAAUAGGUGUAAGAUAUGCUAACACGAUGCUUAUUCAGCUACACAAAAAAUAAACACGAACAUGAAAAGGUGUCCAGUGUUUAUGUAAGAAAACAAACAGUUUUAAGUACUCUAACUGUUUUGUUUUCUUCAUGGCAGUAACAGUAGCCUCCACUUUACGCCGGUCCCUAACAACUUUCACUUACUCCAAACUUUCUCUCUGUUUGUCGAUUACUGUUUAUACUUGCUAGCUUCACUACUCAAGUUCAAGUUCAAAAACACUUUAUUUAUCCCCGAGGGGCAAUUUAAAGGACACAGAGAGCAGCAUAUGGAAUAAAAAUGUAGAAAGCAGACAAGGACAAGUAAAAGAGCAGACACAACUGAACAUACAUGUACCUAAGAGAAUAAAUAGUAAUUAAAUAAUUUAAAAAGUAUAACAAGCUAAAGGGAGGUUGUGCGAAAUCUGGAUAGGGAGGGGUCCAAGUUCAGAAGCCGGACUGCUGUAGAGACAAAGGUAGCCCUCCUCCUUUGUGUUCUACAUCGUGGGCAUCUUAGUCUACGACCCGAUGGAAGCCACUCAAACACGGGGUGUAGCGCGUGGGAAGGGUCCUGUAGAAUCCUGUAUGCAGUCCGGGUUAUUUGUUGAUCGCAGUGUGUAGGAAGAGGUCUCACAGGAUGGCCAAUGAUUUUGGAACAAACAUUUGAAAUACUGGUUAAACGAGUCCGCUACUUGCACUUUGUAGUCUGCAGAAUAUGAUUUUGUCGAUCACUUAGUUGUCUUUGUCAGCUAACGUCUACUGUUUAAAUAUUGAAUUGUUAAGGAAUAGGAGAUAUCGGGGCGAAAGUCUAGAGUGCCCUCUUGUGGCUCUUUGUGAAAUUAUAUAUAUAAGUCGCUCUGGAGUAUAAGUUGCAGGAACAGCCAACCUAUGAAAAAAAGUGUGAUUUAUAAUCCGGAAAAUACGGUACUUUGUGUGUCAUUAAAAAUAAAUUUUAAAGUUAAUAUAGAGCAUAAAAAGCAAGUGUAGAGGCCCGGAAGCUGUAUCUUGUCCAUGAGAAGAGAGGUGGGAAGUCUUUAUAAGGGCUGUCUGUCUGCCUGACUUGAGGAGCUGUGCAGGAGGAGCCCAUUAGCCAGUACGUUAGAACAAUGCCACAUGACUGACGUUCCCAGCAGAGUUCCCUUUCUGUGGAGUGAAACGGUUUUUCAUUGUUAAACAUAUACCAGAUGACCAUCCUUGUGCCAACCCUGAUUCAGAGCAAGGUAAAGUUGCAGGUAAGGUGUUUGUGUGUGCUUAUGUGCCUGAGCUUCCCGCUGUUCAUGGCUGAGGUCCCCGGACCAUGCAGACAUUCCAUUACUAGGGAGCACCUGCUGACACUCAAACAUCUGAUGGAUAACCAGUUGAGAAGCGGGUGCUCGAUAACCUACACUUUCAUAGAACAGAAAACUCUGAGCAAGUGUUGCUUUGUGAAAGCUGCUCUACCCUGGAUAUUGGAGCUCCUUACCACCCGCUUCAAAUAUAACAGAGGCUCGGUCAACUAUGGCUACGUCCAGACCUUGAGAGAACUCAUCCUCAACAUGUACUCCCAGAAGUGCGUCCCUCAGAUCAACGAGGAGCUUGAGGACAAGCCAGAGACUUUUGAAGCCAUCUACAGAGGUUCUCCCGCAGAGGCACUGCAGAGAGCUUCAGAGGUCCUGUCUGUUUAUUUGGAUCUGGUAACAACAAAUGAUGCACCGGUGGACUGGAGUUGCCAGCAUGAAUACUCAAAGAUGUUCGGUUCUUCCACGGACCAACCUACAGAGUCCCCUACAAGGUCCUGUACAGACAGUUAUGUUACCAAGUCAGUGAAGGCUUCUCAGAGAAGACCACUGAGAGACCUAUACAAGCAUGGCUUCAUCACCGCAUCCAUCUUGGGAGCACUACUGCUCAGUUUUACUCUCUACUGUCUAAUCACACAAAAGAGGACCCUCCUCCGUCACACAUCAGGAUCCUAUAUGAUUUCUAGGAGACACCAGCAAGACAUAGAGAUGGAACUAAAUUAAUCAUCCUCACACAAUAUCGACCAAUCUCUCUGCGGCGGCCCACCCAGAACACGUGAAGAUCUAUGUUUGAUCCACAAUGAACAAUAUUCCAUUGCAGGCCAUGCUGACUGCAUCGGAAGCUUCGCCUUGACGGAGAGCAAUGAUGGACCCUUGUUCUAAAAAAAAAAUGUGUAUAUUAUGUUUAUGCCUUGUCUAUUACAAAUAUAUUCUAGAUUAACUAAAAAAUAUUUGUACACUACAUAUGUACUAUGUUGACUAAUGUACCUGUGUUCAUCACUUAAUCAAUUGUUUGUAUUGUUGUUCAAAAAAGUUAUUUAUUAGUUGGAUUCUCUGCAAUUACUGUAUAAUAAAACUUCC